AUGUUUUAUAUUAAUUGUGUUGUUGCGAUAGUCGAACAACUUGUGAGUUCGUUCGAUACAAUGAAAAUUACGAUAAAAAUUUUUUUGUUUUUUGCUUUAUUCGCUGAUUAUUCAAUGACGUGGAAUCGACAGGAAUCGACAGCGGCAAGAAAUUUAUAUAAAAUUGUUAGAAAUGUAGUUUUUAAAAAAAUCGGACGAACCGGAACAAGACCUGGAUUGUUAAGAGCGGCGAGACAACACAAAUUGCAACCGUUGAUAAGCGAAAAUGUUCCGUUUCCGUGUGACGUAACAAACGGAAGAUCUCCAAAACGUCCAAUAUCCGUACACGAAUUAAGACCUGGAGAUAUUGACGUCAUCGGUUCUUUGGGUGAUAGUUUAACGGCUGGAAAUGGUGUAUUCGCGACAAAUAUAUUUGAAGUUGCUACGGAAAAUAGAGGAGCCACCGCCUACAUAGGGGGGCAAAGUAAUUGGCGCGAAUUUUUAACGUUACCGAACAUAUUAAAAGAAUUCAAUCCGAAUUUGAUCGGUUAUUCGUUAGGUGAUGGUUUGGGUCAUCAUCCUGUUGCCGAAUUUAACGUUGCCGAACCAGCAGCAAUGAGUGGUGAUUUACCAUUUAUGGUUAAAGAAUUAGUUAGAAGAAUUAAAUUGGAUAGGAGAGUAGAUAUUAAAAAUGAUUGGAAGUUGAUUAACAUAUUCAUAGGCGCGAACGAUUUUUGUUUGAAUUUUUGCUACCUGAGUUUAGACGCAUUUAAAAAUUCUGCUGAAACUCAUAGAAGACAAUUGAUGAUGACGACCACGAAUUACCAAAAAUUUUUAUUGAUUUUCAUUUUAGGAUUGGACCUUUUAUACGAUUUGAAAUCUUUGCCACGAUAUUGUGACACAGUACAUUUAGUAGAAUGUCCAUGUUUGUUCGGGAUAUCAAGAAAAAGAAUUUCCUAUAAGGAAAACAUAGAAAUGCAAAAUAAAUGGAGAAACGUACAAAUACAAAUUGCCAACGACGAGAGGUACAAAAAGAAAAAUGAUUUUUCCGUCGUCACGCAAACAUUUGCAUUAAAAUUAGAUUUUCCAAAAAUAAGACAAGAUGUUGCCGACGCAUCGUACCUUUCUCCAGACUGUUUUCAUUUGAGUCAAAAAGGAAACGCUAGAAGUAUAUCAAGUUGCCAACGCCAUUUGGACAACAUGUUGGAACCUGUCGGAAACAAAUCGAUUAAUUGGAGAGAUACAUUCACGAGAUUUUUAUGUCCGACAGAAAAACAUCCCUACAUAUUCACAUAUAAAAACAGUUUAACGUGA